UCCGCACGCGUACUUCGUUUCAGCGCGUGGCCAAAUACAAUUCUACACUAAACCUCAAUUCUGAUUGCCGGUCAAGAAGUCUAUAUUGUUCUGAACGCGGGCGGCACAUACGCAUGUUAUAUUACUGCGCUCGCUCGGCUAUGUCCAGCAGCCCCUAAGUCUCUUUAAUUUAAUCAUAUGCUAUUGCAAUGUCUCACAUAACUCAUUUGGGCAUCGAGGAGCCUUCCGGCGACCCUCGCGUUGUUUGCUGCGGAGCUCGGGCGCCGGCGAACACGAGCGAUGGCCUGCGAUGCCGAUGGGGCGACUCUGGCGUCGAGGUUCCAGCGCGAGCGGACGCGGGCGGCGAGGUCUCGUGUUGCGUCCCACCGCUGGAGAAGCUGGAUGCGGACGUGGAGGCCAGCCGGGGCGUGCACAUGCAGGUAAUGCACAACGACACGCUGCUGCAUGAGGACACGGUGCCCCUGGAGACCGUGCAGCUGCUGAGGGCGCGCAAGGGCGCUCGGCCCACUGCGGAUGGCUUCAUCACGACGCCGGCGGGCGUGGUGGAGCCAAUGGUGGCGGGCAGCAGCAGCGCCGCGGUGGCAGCAGCUGUCGCCCCGGAGAUAGAAAUCAAGCUGGCGGCGGCGGACGGCGCGGGCGACGGCAAGACGGCGGGCGGCGACAAGGCAGAGACACGCAAGGAGAUGCUCCAGCGCAAGUACAGCGCCCUCAAGCCGUUUGUGAUCAUCUCGCUGUCCUACCUGCUCUUCACCACCACCGACGGCGCCGUGCGCAUGAUUGUGCUGCUGCACGCAUACAAGGCCGGCUUCAGCGCCUGGCAGGUUGCCAUCAUGUUCACCCUGUACGAGCUGGCGGGGGUGGUCACCAACCUGGCUGCGGGCAUGAUGGGCGCGCGCUGGGGCAUCAAGUGGACGCUGCUCAGCGGCCUCACGCUGCAGCUGGCGGGCAUUGGCAUGCUGUACGGCUGGCAGUCUUCAUGGAACACGCCCGCGGACCGGUGGAAGGGCAUCCUGUUCGUCACGUGCGCACAGCUGCUGUGCGGUGUGGCCAAGGACCUCACCAAGCUGGGCGGCAAGACCGUCACAAAGCUGGUGACACCCGAUGAGAAGCAGUCAAGUUUGUUCAAGCUGGUGUCCUUCAUUACCGGGAUGAAGAACUCGCUCAAGGGCAUCGGCUACUUCAUCGGCGCCGCCUGCGUGUCCUUCAACUAUUUCUUCGCGCUGUCGGUGCUCAUGGUGCUGAUCCUGCUGGCCAUGCCCUGGGCCGCGCUGGGGCUCAGCGAGCAGCUGGGCAGGGCGCGCAAGGAGAACCUGACGCUGGCCAAGAUCUUCAAGCAGCCGUACAACAUCAACGUGCUGAGCGUGUCGCGUUACUUCCUAUUUGGCAGCCGCGACAUGUGGUUCGAGGUGCCGCUGCCCUUCUUCCUGCGCAACACGGUGUACGGCCUGGGCUGGAGCCGUCCGCUCACGGGGCUGUUCCUGGCCGUGUGGAUCAUCGUGUACGGGCAGGUGCAGUCCUGGACGCCGCAGCUGGUGCUCCAGCCGCUCCGGCAGUCGCCCGCCAACAAGUAUGUUGCAGUGCUGUGGAACCUGCUGCUGGUGCUGUGCCCGCUGUUCAUGGGGCUCAUGCUGCAGACCACAGACAUCUUCACGAGCCGCAACCUGGGCGGCAUGACGGGCGUGAUGGUGGGCGGCCUUGGCGCCUUCUGCCUGCUGUUCGCCGUCAACAGCUCCAUCCACUCCUACCUCAUCGUGCGCUACGCCCAGGGCGACAAGGUGGCCAUGAACGUGGGCUUCUACUACUGCGCCAAUGCCAUGGGCCGACUCACGGGCACGCUCGUGAGUGGUGCGCUGUACUCGUAUGCGGGAGACACCGUCGUGCAGGGCUUUGCGGCGUGCUUCUGGGCCAGCGUGGGGUUCGCACUGCUGUCGGCGCUGGUGGAGAUGUUCGUGCACGACAACAGCGGCGGCCUGCUGUGCGGGCCCUGCUUCACCUUUGUCAAGCCGCCGCCGGACGCAGCCGACGGCAAGCCCCUUGAGGUCGAGAUGGAGUAGAGGAGUGUCAUACUUGGCGUUUUGUUGUGGUUGUCGAAAGCCCCGGGAACGCCUCGCUGAAGGC